AGUAUUUUCCUCCCACAUACAAGCACAUAAACCCAGAGCUCAUGGCAGCUAGUUAUUACCGAAGUUACCUGCGAAGUCCUACAGGAAUGGAGAACAGCCAGCAGCGAUUCGAUUCAGGACAGAAUACAGAGCCGACUUGCAGACCACUCAUUUUUGGGACUCUCGUUGUUAUGGGAUUGCUUCAGAUCGCGUCGAGUGUGGCAAUUUUACUACACUUAACAGGUCAUAUUGGUCAGGUGUCAUCAAGUUGUUACAGCAAGAAGGACAUUCAGACAGAAUUACCGUCAAUACAUGACAAACCACUAGAGAGUACUCAGACGGGAGGACUUAUUGCAGAUGCACUUAAAGAUCCAAGAAAAAAGGACCGAUCAAGAAGCUGCAAAUCUCAGAAAGACCUUAAACCUUCAGCUCAUCUUACCAUUAGGGCACCAAUAAAUUUCACACAAAAAGGAAAUAUUCAACUAGCGCUGAUACACUGGAACACCAACCAUGGUCUGGCUCAUUUGCGUCACCUUGGCUACUCUGAUGGAAUCAUCAAAAUUCUCGAAGGGGGAUUUUACUACGUUUACGCCAAGACCUGCUUCCGUUAUUAUGCUGGCGUUUCUGGGGAUGUUUUAAAAGAUGACACCAUAUUGAUACAGUAUGUUCAUCAUGAGAAACAAGCACAAAAGACAACCAUUGUGCUGAUGAAAAGUGGCAGCACCAAGCAUUGGAAUAAGACUGACUUUAAUCUGUAUUGCAUACAGCAAGGAGGAGUCUUCCUUUUAAAAGAUGGUGAUGGAAUAUACGUAAAAGUGUCAAAUUCAUGGUUGCUGGAUCCGGAACCUGAAGGGAGCUAUUUUGGAGCCAUUAAAAUGAGCAAUUUAAAUUAAUAUCUCUGCUACUGAACUGUCUGGUGUAAAUAAUCCUGCCUAUUGAACAGUUUCAAAAAUGAUCAAGAACCACUGAGCACUUGCUUACAGCAAUACUGACUGUUUUAUUUUGAGAGCUACAAGGAUUAUGUGUCUGACGUAUUUGCUUUGAAAAGAAAAAGUCUUCAUAGAAAAAAAUGGUUUCUUUUUUCAAUUGUCCAAAUCUAAUGUCAGUUCUCAUUGUUAUGUUUUAAUAGGCAUUAUUGCUAAUUGUAUCAACUGUGGUUGAUAGUGUCUGUCGGCACUUGAUGUUGUAUGACAUUGCCUUGCAAUUGUAUGUUCUGCUGUGGAACGAGAGCACUUUUGAAACUCACAGUGCAGCAACUGUGUGACGAACCUUUCUGUACAUAGUACUCUCUCUGCCUAGUAUUUAAUAUAACUUAUUAUUAAUAAUAAAGAUUAGAAAAGGUUAGGUAUUAUUUAAAAAAUAAUUGAACAUUUUUCAAAAAAAGAAAUGUCUUGCUUUUUUAAUAUACUGAGAGGCGCUGAAAAUGCAACAAAUGAGUUUUAGGCUAGAUUUUUAUUGUCUCUCGGUGUGUAAGCCUGAAUGUGAAAUGCUGAUGAAUUCAGUUUCCUGAUAAAAAGUAUACGUUUAAAUCCAGUCAAUGAUAGCAGUGGUAAUUAUAAAAUGUUUUAUUAUUAAAUAGAUUAUUACGUUUUUUUUUUACUCAGAAAGUAGAUCACACAUUUCCUGCAUACUGUGUACAGAAAAACCUUUGCCAAAGAAAUAUCCAGAGUACCCUCUCCAGGUAUCGCAUUUUUAAUCUUUACAUUUAAACUUAACAAUGCAGUGAAGCAAACUUUUAAUGCAAGUAAGAGCAGUAAGCUGGUGUUAAUAUGUAAAGUUUCAUACUCUGUAGCAUAUUCAGUAGAAGGUUCUGGGAUGGAGUAAUCCCAAAAUGUUGUCUGUCACAUUGUCUAACCUGUGUCCUGAACAAGUGAAAUGCACUAAAUUCAGUUUUACAAAGAGACAGGUAUCUCAUUGUGCAGGUAAUUAUUGAAUAUCCAUAUAUAUAUGUGCUGAUAAUUAUUGAAGACUUAUCUAUAUAUACAUCCAUCAGUUUUCUAACUGCUUCACCAAAUUCAGGGUCACAAGGGAGCUAAAACCUAUAACUAGGCUAGCAACGGACACAAAGUGGGGUACACCCUGGAUAGGAUGCCAGUCCAUCUUAGGGUACAUAUCCAUAUAGUCCUUUUUUAUUCUUUGCUUAGAAAUCAUAGUGAGGAAUUAUACACAAAAAGUACUCAAUUGUUUUUCUGUCUGACACCGGCAAAUAAAAGUGCAUUUUUAACAUGCAAAAACAUACAAAUGUUUACUAUAGCAAUAUGCAUUUUGAUGUAUUUUGAUAUGAGCAAUACUUUGUGCACUCAGUAGCAAACAUAGUAUGUACCAAACAUAGAUCUUUCGUUUGGGUGCUUGCUGUAGUUUCUUCCUUUAGGAAACAAAAAGAGUCAGGUUGCAGUUACAAAAGCACAAGUGCUCAGGUGGAAAGAAACUACAGAAUGUAAUAGAAUGUACAGACGCAGUACAUAACCAAAGAUGACAAUGAUUUAUGCUCAUUUCGCAAAUUUUUAAGUUAUGUAAAAAUGCUCAAAUACAUGUCUUUUUUUAAUUAUUUAUAUCACUUAAAGGAAUUAAAUACUUUU